AUGGGGGCGGAGGGCGGCGGCGACGGCGGCGACGGCUGCCAGUGCCGGCCACUGGGGCUCCUGAUCGGUCUGCCGUUCGCCGCCCUCGCGCUCGUGCUCUCGCUCGUCGGCGCCCUCGUCUGGAUCAUCGGGUCGGCGCUGAGCUGCCUGUGCCCGUGCUGCGUGUGCUGCGCGGCGGCGGCGAACUUGGCGGUGAGCCUCAUCCAGAUGCCGGUCAAGGUCAUCCGCUGGUUCAUCAGGCAGAUCCCCUGCUAGCUACGUAGCUCACAGGCACACCGGCUAUAUAUAUGGGCUACGUUUCCAAUGUCACCGUAGCAGUUCUCUUGUCUUCAACCUCAUAUUUUGUGAACGAGAAACCGGCUAUGUCGUGCUUGUUUCCAUUUCCUUCUAGCACACAGGACAGGACAUGAGUGACAGUACGUACAUGCCCAUCGAUGGAGUUCUGUUUUGCCCCUUUGAUUGUCCCGGACUCCCAGUCUCCCAGAGUGCAUAUUUCUCUAUUUAUUUUUCUCUCUUUGUCUGCAGACACAUACAACUCGCACAACAGUAGGAUCAAGUUGUUGUG